GAGAGAGAGAGAGAGAGAGAGAGAGAGAGAGAGAGAGUCUGUUGUGCUCUGUGCGCGGACGCGUCACAUCAGACGCGUUGAUGAGCGGCGCGCUGUGGAUCGUCACUGAUGGAGGAAAGUCAACGCUGAUGCGACGAUGGACUCUGAAUCUGAACCACACGACUGUCUGCGAGGAUGGUGUCGAGGUGUCCUCCGACGGAUGGAGAUCAGCGCCGGCUUCCGCUAUUAUUUCCAGCACCCUUGGUCUCGUCUGUUGGUGGCUUACCUGGUCACCUUCUUCAACUUCCUGGUCUUCGCCGAGGACCCGGUGUCUCACAGCCAGACGGAAGCACACAUGAUGGUGGUGGGAAACUGCUUCUCGUUCGUGGUCAGUAAAUAUCCCGGAGGAGGAUGGAACGUCCUCAAAGUCCUGAUGUGGAUCCUCGCCAUCAUCACGGGCCUCAUCGCCGGGAAGUUCCUGUUCCAUCGACGCCUGUUCGGUCGUGUCCUGCGUCUGAAGAUGUUCCGUGAGGACCACGGCUCAUGGAUGACCAUGUUUUUCAGCACGAUUCUCUCGCUCUUCAUCUUCUCUCACAUCUAUAACUUCAUUCUGCUCAUGAGUGGACGGAUGCGGCCUCACAUGGUGACGGAGUACAUGGGCAUCAGGAACGAGAGCUUUAUGAAGAUGGUUGCUGUAGGAACAUGGAUGGGAGAUUUUGUGACGGCGUGGAUGGUAACAGACAUGAUGCUGCAGGACACUCAUUACCCGGACUGGGGCCGGACCCCCAGGCAGCUGUGGAGGCAGGGGCACAACCGCAUCGUUCUCUUCUGGACGGUGUUGGUCUCUCUGACCUCUGUGGUGGUUCUGGUCAUCAGUACGGACUGGAUCAGCUGGGAUAACCUGAACCGCGGCUUCCUGCCGAGCCACGAGGUCUCCAGAGCGUUCCUGGCCUCCUUCAUCCUGGUCUUUGACCUCCUCAUCAUCAUGCAGGACUGGGAGUUUCCUCACUUCAUGGGCGAUCUGGACAUGAACCUCCCAGGCCUUUCCACCACGCAGCUGAAGAUCAAACUGCCCGUGGGCAAACGCAUCUUUAAAGACGAGUAUCACAUUCACAUCACGGGGAAAUGGUUUAAUUAUGGAAUCAUCUUCAUGGUCCUCAUCCUGGACCUCAACAUGUGGAAGAACCAGAUCUUCUACAAGCCCUAUGAAUACGGUCAAUACGUAGGUCCAGGAGAGAAGAUCUACACCGUGGAGGAUCCGGAGACGCUGCGCAACUUCAACCGCAGCACGCUGACCUGGGAGUGGCGCUCCACCAACACUGACCCCCUCACCAACCAGACAUAUGUCCAGAGAGACAUGUUCCUUCACAGCCGCUACGUGGGCGCUAGUCUGGACGUCAAAUCCCUGGCGUUCAUCCCAAGUCUGGCAGCCUUCGUGGUCUUCGGGUUCUUCAUCUGGCUGUUUGGACGCUUCCAAGACAGUGAGACGUUCCCUGAGAACCAAGACAAGACCUACGAGCGCAUCAAGCGGAAGUCUCCGUCUGAUCUGGGAGUCACACCAGAGGAAGUGCACAUCAUCAUGAGUGAGGCCUUGAAGAGGUGCGGCACAUCCAUGCUGCUCCUGGUGGACACUCAUCAUUUCGGGUCAUCAAACAGCUCCAUGUCACCGUGUACGAAUGAGACCCAGGAGACCCAACCCAGUGUAGCCAUUGACAGCGGCACCCAUGAGGACACAGCUGAUGUCAAAAAGCUGACCCCGUGACCGUAGCCAAAGGUCAAACUGACUUCCAAAGUUGCUCUGUGUUUGAAGUCCUUGGAAAACCAUCACAGACUCUACCUUGAAAUUUCUAUUUUUAUAUCAAGCAAUCUUGCACUGCGCACAAACUUUCUGAACUCAGACUUUUCCACAUUCCUCAAGGACAUUGGUCUAUGGUGCUGGAUGUUUGAUUAUUCAAUGUCUUUUUUUUUAUGUAGAUACUUGUGCCUACAUGGAUAAAAUGCUGUCCUCACAGUGAACGUAUGGCAUGAUGGUCAUGAAAAUACUUGUAAUGAACACCUAAAUCUGUGCCUUUAUUAAUAAAAACCUUGAAGGCAAUGCUGGGUAGAUUUACUUACAAAUCAUAGUCUGUUACUGAUUCCAAUUUACAUGACAAAAAUUGUAUUUAGUAGCUGAUUCCAUUACAUUACACGUUUAGUUAAUAUGAUCUGACUCCUCUUAGAUUACUUUUGAUCUAACUUGUUUAUCACAUUGAUUUAAAUAGCAUAAUCUUGUAACAUAUUGAUAUAAAAAAAUACAAAAAGAAAGCAAAUAUAUUCCAUUUGUUGUUAUUAACAGCAUGAAGUGCAGUAAACGUUACAUUACAUCUAGGUUUCCCAAUCUGGACUUUGUGAA